AUGUCGCAGACGAUGACUGCCACGAGCAACCCGACGCACACGUCCACGGCACCGAGCGUCCUUGAGCUGCGCACUCUCGGCGGCGCAGACCCCUCGCCCCCGGAUCACAACGUCGUCUCUACCAGUCUACAAGAACAAGGACUCGUAUCGUCUGCCAGCCAGGACGUUGGCGGAAGCGCGCCGCCCCCGGAUGCGCAGAGUGUAGUUGAACGAUGGAACUACCCCCGUGACAAUAUUGGCAAAAUGGCCUUUGCUUUCGUGUCGUUCAUUGUCGCUGGCAUGAACGAUGGCGCUAUUGGCCCAUUACUGCCCUAUGUAAGUCGACGGGAACCAUUUCUUGGUGGCAACGGGGCUAAUCUAGGCGUGCAGCUCGAAGACUACUACGGUCUCGGUAAAACAGUCAUCUCGCUCAUCUUCUUGACGCCCUUUAUCGGAUACUCUGUGGCUGCGUUUACGAAUGCACGCAUUCACGUCAGAUUUGGGCAGCGCGGAAUCGCCAUCAUGGCGCCGCUGUGCCAUCUCAUCACAUUCGCCGUCCUUGCGUCUCACCCACCCUAUCCGGCCUUGGUUGUGGCCAACGCCAUUAGCGGGUUCGGAAACGGCUUGACGGAUGCUUGUUUCUGCGCAUGGGUUGGCGCCAUGGACAAGGCCAAUACGAUCCAGGGUUUCCUGCAUGCCUGCUAUUCGCUCGGAGCGCUCUUCUCGCCUCUCAUCGCCACCAGCAUGGUUGUCCAAGCCCAGCUUCCGUGGUUCAAUUUCUACUACAUCUUGGUGGGCAUGUCGGCGAUUGAACUCUGCGGCCUUUCAUACUUCUUCUGGGAUAAAACGGGAAGUGUGUAUGAAGCAGAACACAAGCGAGAAAAUCCCGACGCAACAGGCGCUGGCACUAGAGAAGCUAUCAGAUCACCCGUUACAUGGCUAUGUGCGCUGUUCUUUUUCGCCUACAUGGGCGUGGAAGGUAUCUACUCGACACUGGGAAGCCAAGACAGUAUCAUGCUAACAACCACUACAGUUGGGCUGGGAGGCUGGGUAGUCACAUUCAUGUUGAAUGUCCGCCACGCUUCAGCUUACGCUUCCGGUAUUUCCGCAACCGGGUUCUGGACUGGCAUGGCCCUCGGUCGUGCCACUCUUGGCUUUGUGACGGAGCGGUUCGGCGAACGCCUCUGUCUGACCAUCUAUUUGGCCACGUGCCUCGCUCUGGAGCUUCUGUUCUGGCUUGUCCCCGAGUUCAUCGUUUCGGCCGUCGCGGUAGCGUUCUUGGGCUUUUUCCUGGGGCCCAUGUUCCCUGGGGCCGUCAUGGUCACAACGAAACUGCUGCCAAAGCGAAUCCAUGUAAGUGCGAUCGGGUUUGCGAUGAGUAUGGGCGGCACGGGCAGUGCCGUGUUUCCAUUUAUUAUCGGUGCUGUUGCGUCCAAGAAGGGGGCUGCUGUCUUGCAACCAAUCAUUUUGGCCCUCAUUGCAGUCAUAACUCUGGUGUGGCUUAGUUUCCCGCGUAUCAAGAAACGCGAUUGA